AGUUGAUUAGCCUAAUAACUUUUUAGUAAACUAAAAAUCUUAAUUCUUACCUGGAAUUUAAAGGUGUCGUUAGAUGUCGAACCUCUUUGUGAUAUUGAUCGGGCGGGAACAUAAAUUAUGCAGAUAUGGGUCACUAAAUCCAGGUCCAACACAUUCUAGAUUCAAGUUGAAUUUCAACAUAAACUUUUCAUGACCUUUCAUUCGACCUUUUCAUUCAAAUCACGUGACUGUUCAAAAUGGCGAAUGCAGACGAAGAAAUUGAAGGAGCGACAAUUAUUGCAGAAUCCUUGAGAGAUCAGGGUGUCCAGUACAUGUUUGGUAUCGUAGGUGUGCCAGUUAUAGAGAUCGGCAUUGCAGCACAGGCAGCUGGUAUAAAUUACAUAGGCUGUAGAAAUGAGCAGGCGGCUUGUUAUGCUGCUCAGGCUAUAGGCUAUUUGACAGGCCGCCCAGCAGUGACACUGGUGGUGUCUGGUCCAGGUCUCUUGCAUGCAUUGGGAGGCCUGCAGAAUGCACAAGAAAAUUGCUGGCCUACCAUAGUGAUUGGGGGAUCCAGUGAUGAAGGGCUAGAAUCAAAUGGAGGUUUUCAGGAAUUUCCACAAGUUGAAAGUGCUCGUCUUUAUACUAAAUACACAGCACGGGCCAUGUCCAUGAGCCGCAUACCAUUUUAUAUUGAAAAGGCAGUCAGAACCAGUAUGUAUGGGAGACCUGGGGCCUGCUAUCUUGACUUCCCUGGAAACAUCAUUGCUGGUAAAAAGAUCCCAAGAAGCAGCAUCAUCACCAGGCCAAAGGUGCCAUUUCCUCCAAGAACAUUUGGAGACCCUGAUGAUAUAAAGUCAGCUGUAGAAUUACUCACACAUGCUAAAAAUCCAUUGGUCAUCAUUGGAAAAGGUGCUGCCUAUAGUUGUGCAGAAGAUAACCUAAGGACACUUAUUGACCUCCACAAGAUUCCAUUCUUGCCAACCCCAAUGGGGAAGGGAGUUCUCCCAGAUGACCAUCCAUAUUGUGUAGCACCAGCGAGGUCUUUGGCUCUUCAGCAAGCAGAUGUUAUAUUCCUAUUUGGAGCUCGUUUGAAUUGGAUCCUUCAUUUUGGAGCACCGCCAAGGUUUAGACAUGAUGUCAAAAUCAUUCAGGUAGACAUAUCUGCAGAGGAAUUACAUUCUAGUCGAUCAAGCGCAGUUGCAAUACAUGGUGAUAUAGAUACUGUAGUCUCCCAGCUUAAUAAAGAACUCAUUAGUCAACCAGGGAAAUUUGAGUUCAGUAUUAAUUCACAAUGGUGGAAAGAUCUCAGACUGAAGAUUGACAACAAUCGUAAAGUAACACAAUCACAGAUAAUUGAUGAGAAACCUAUGAAUUACUACACUGCGUUCUACAAAAUCAAUGCAGAGCUUCCCAAAGAUUGUAUCAUUGUAAAUGAAGGCUCUAACACUAUGGACAUAGGGAGAACUGAACUGCCCAACAUCUUACCAAGACACAGACUGGAUGCUGGUACGUUUGGCACCAUGGGCGUUGGAGUAGGGUUUGCAAUUGCUGCUGCCCUCUGGUGCAGGGACUAUGCCCCAGGAAAGAAGGUUGUCUGUAUACAAGGAGACAGUGCCUUUGGCUUCUCUGCUAUGGAGAUAGAAACUGCUUGCAGGUAUAAGCUGCCAAUCACAUUCAUCAUUAUAAACAACAAUGGGAUUUCAUUUGGAACUGACCAAGAGAGCUUUGCUGACUUACAGGAGGAUGACCCCUGUAUUAGCAUUCCACCAUUUGCACUUACUCCCAAUGCGCAUUAUGAAAAGCUAGCAGAAGCAUUUGGUGGGAAAGGUUAUUUCCUAGAAGAUCCCAGUGAGCUGCAAGCUACAGUACGCAAAUGUAUUCAGGGGAAUGACACAUCUAUUAUAAACUGCAUGAUCAACACCUUUGCAGCCAGAAAGCCACAGAGCUUUGAAUGGUUAACAAGAUCAAAGAUAUAAGCGGAUAAGCAGAUAUAAGUUGGUGUGAUGCCGUAUAUAUGCAAUGCAACCUGUAUUUAAAAAAACAUUAAAAACAUUUCAUGACAGAGUAAUUUUUUGAUUUGAUUUGAAAACUAUAUUUUACCAUUCCAUCAAUCUUACCAUUCAAUCAACAUAAAACAAGGUAUAUACCACCAGGGUAUAUUUUAUAGUAAGAAAAAAUCUGGCA